AUGUUGUCAGUCAAGGAGAAGGCCAACGAUAUGUGGAGAAAGACGAUCAAAGCGUUGAAGGACGUCAAGUCAAGCAACGUUUCACAUCUUCAAAAGGAAUUCCUAUCAUAUUGUCGGCAAUUUCGCACUUAUGGAUCGACAUUCUUCAUUACUGAGGUCUAUAUGUCGCAGGUUUGUAUAUUUUUGUUUAUUUGCUAG